AUGUUUCGGGCAAUCAGGCACAAUUCAAGAAUUCCAGAGAGAUCUCGAAAUAUGCUGGGUAUUAAUGUUCCACAACCUGUAAAUAAUGAUGAUCUAGCAUUAUCACGUCAAGCUGAAGAUCAAAUUACUAAUUUACAAGUUAGGUGUUCAAUUUCAACUCUACUAGAAACUUAUAAGAUUAUUGAAACAGUUAAUGAAUUUUCACCUCCAACACCAUACUUUUGUUUAUUACUUUUACCUCCGAUUGACUUAUGCAAUAUUGAAUUGCCAGAACCCUUAUCAAAACUUCACAGAGUACAGAAACUGUUUAGGGAUUAUGAUUCAGAGGACGAGAAGCAGACAGAAGAAUUAAUAAACUGGAUUUUAGCAAAUCCUUCCAUGGGAUUGCGAGAACUUGAAAUCAAUUUAUAUAUCAAUCCAAGAAAAGUUCGCCAUUAUAAAAAUCUCUAUGCAAAAUUACCUCUACAUUAUCGUUUAUUGAUCAAUUCGAAAAUUUCAUUUACACCAGAAUUUUCUCAAUAUCUGUAUACAUCAAAAUUACUUUCCAAUUACGAUAGCAAGCAAAUCAAACAAGAUUCGUCUACAACUGCUUCAGAUAUUUCGGAUUUAAUUUUUCCCAGCCAAAAUGCGAAUUCAACUGAACUACAAUUCAAAUACAUUGAGAUUGCAAUUGAUGACAACCUCGCCGAACUCAUUAAAAUCAUCAGUGCCAUACAAAAUUUCAAUUUUGAUUUAGUAUACGCUUACAGAUCCCAUUACAUCACUCUUUUAGAUCUCUUUGCAUUAUUUGGAUCUGUUGAAUGCUUCAAAUACAUGUUACUCAAUAGAUCAUCCAUUAAUAAUACAGAAAGAUUUGCAAUUGCCGGCGGGAACCUUCAAAUUUUCAGGUUAAUUACACAAAGGAAGCAAAUUGACCCUGAAAACUUCUACAUCUCUCUUUAUUACAGAAGAAAUGAUCUCUAUGAUUGGUUCCAUUCGAAUUUUGUUUCUGAUAAAAGUGAAAACAUAUCAAUUGUGUUUUCUUUGACACAGUUAAUGGACAUUCAAGCGAUCUAUGCAAUUUCGCAAAGAAAUGAUUGUUUCCCAUUAAAUGAUCUGAUCAAUUCUCUUUAUGAAGACGGAAAUUACGAGAUUUUGCGUCAUAUUACGAAAUUUGGCAUCACUUCACUUAAUAAUGUCAUAUCUUUUAGUGACAAAGAAAUUGUAUUUAAUUUCAUGAAUCAUAUGAAUCAAGAUAACUUCCAAAAAUUGUUUAUGUUUAGUGUCACGAAAGGAUAUAAAGAAUUUGCAGAAAUAAUGAUUCAUCAUGAAAAAUUUGACACAAUUAAAAUUUCUGACAUCAAAGAACAACUCAAAACAUAUGCACCAGAAAUAUUAGAUAUGAUCACAGACAAACUUAAUAAGAUCACAGAUAUCAAAGUGAUUUAUCAGAAGUAUUUGAAUGGAUAUGAUAUUCCAACAAAUUUCAUUUACGAAUUAUUGGAUUAUACAAUUGAUGUCCAUGAUUUUGUCAGUUUUAAUAGAAUUGCUCAGGUUUUCGCAAUUGCUUUGACAAUGGAACAACUCAAGAAGUUGUUUGAUAAGUCUUGUUGUGUAUUUCCUUAUUUGUACAGACAGUUUAUAAGGCUCGACAAAAAUGGAGAUGAAAAAUUAUUUUUGUUGAGACAUUUUUACAAUCAUAUGGAUACUCAUUCAUGCACUGAAUUCUAUGAUUAUUUCAUGAAAGGAAAUAUUCCUGAUUUGGAUGUGAUUGACUGUAUUUCUCUUUGUCAGAGCAAAAAUCUUAAAAUUGAAAAUGGAUUUACUCGAUAUUUAGAAGAAAGAAAUUUGAUUCCGUCAAAAGAAAGAGAAUUGACAAUUGCAGAAAUAAUGCAUCAAAAGAACAAACAAAAUACAAAUGAUAACAGCGAAGCAGCGAAAGAUAUUAAUGAAACAGAAUCAAAAUUGUAUGGAUAUUGGAGAGAUUCUCCAGAUAAUACUAGCAGAUGGAGAAUCAGUUCUGCUGUCCGUCCUCUACCAACUAAUCCAUUUUACACUCAAAAUCAUGCAUUAUUUAACUACAAAUAUGGUUUCCCAACAAUCCCCACUAAAUCCCCAAAUUCAUCAAACAAACCUGUUCAAAAUCAAACUUCUCAAAAUAAUCCAAACAAACCUGUUCAAAAUGAGAAUUCUCAGAAUUUUCCAAACAAACCUGUUCAAAAUGAGAAUUCUCAGAAUUUUCCAACCAAACCUGUUCAAAAUGAGAAUUCUCAGAAUUUUCCAAACAAACCCGUUCAAAAUCAAGGUUUUCAAAAUAAUAGUUUUAAGCCAUUUGCUCGUACUAGUUUUCCAAGUUCAUUUAGUGAAGUACAGUAUAAUUUUUCACAAUGGCAGAACAGAUCGAAAUCACCGAUUGAAAUUGAGUUAGAUCGAAUCCAAGCCAAUAAGAAAAAAGAGAAAAUAAUGAACAGUUCUGCUGUUCCUUGGGGAUAUUCCGAUGAAUCAAAAUCUAUGUUACAAAAACCGAAUUUGAAUCCAAAUCAAGUGAAACCACCUCCACCUACAAAUACAAAUAUAAAUCAAGCCAUUGGAAAUUACAAAUACAAAGAUGGAACACCAUUUGAAGUCAAAUGCCCAGACAGACCAGGAUGGUUAAGAACAUUGAACAGAAUCGAAUCAAAAGAAUUGUUUUUCAUCUUAAAUUCUCCUCAAUUUCAUGAGUUCGUUUCUAAACCAGAAAACAAAGAAAGACUUCUUCAAAUCAUCCCUUCAUCUCCAGUUUUACUUACAUUUUGUAUGGAUUGCAAAUUACCUAAAUCAUUCUUUGACCAAAUUUGUGAUUUAUGCAUUGAUUACAGCACAAAUACUCAUACUGGUUCCAAAUUCAUAACUGAUUUCAUCUUCAAUGAUUACAACAAAGAUUACAUCAAUUUAGAUCAUAUGAUACAAUUUCCAAGUUUCAGAGAUAUUGUCAAACGCAUGGAUUUCACGAAAGAACAGUUUGAUAUGAUAAGAAACAUUAAUUACUUAGACAAACGCCUCAUUUUUAAUCCAAGAAAUGCAGUUUAUUUACCAAUUGAUGAGCUUUUCUGUUUCGAUCGUGAUCAAAUCGGAAAAGCUCUGAAUUACAUCGAAAUUAAUGAUGAAAUUGCAGUCAAAAUUUAUCGUAGGAAUUUGAAAUUGAGUGCAAAUUUGUUGAGAAAAGAUCCUAUUUUGAAACUAAUGAAACUAGAAGAAUUAGUAUUUAAUUUCACAAAAUUCUGGCCGCAUACAAUUAUACUUGAAUUAUUGGAUGAAAUUUUGUCACGUGAUUUGACAAAUAAACAAAAGUUCAAAAUUGCAACACAUAUGAACUUUACUGACAUGCAAGUCAAUGAUUUUAUUAUUGCAAACAAAGAGAAAUUCAAUAAAGAUAUCCUUGCUUUUUAUUCUGCAAGAACAGGACAAUUUAUUGUAGACAAAAAUACAUAUGUUUCUGAUUAUUUCUUGACAAGUUGUAUCAGAGAUAAUCAAUACAAAGAAGACUUUUUGUUAGUUUUCAUGGAAUUUAAUUGCCAUAAGAGUGGUCUCACGAAAGCUCUCCAUACUGCAAUUCAUUGUAAAGAAAUAUCUAUUGUUAAAAAACUUAUUGAAAAAGGUGCAAUUUGUGAAGCAAUUGUUGAAGGUUAUACUGCACUUCAAAAGGCAGCAUUAAUGCGUGGAAAACAAGGAAAGCAGAUUUUCGAGUACAUGAUGACAUUGAACUUAGACAAAACAUAUAGAAUGAAUACUCUUUCAUUUUGUGCAAAACAUUUGUAUGAUGAUAACUCAAACAAAAUUUAUCCUUCUAUGAAAAUAGGAAAUUGGAAAAAUAACGGAAAAUGUGACAUUUUGACAAAAGUUGCUCUUUUGGAAAGUAGAAAUACUUUGUCAGACCAACAAGUAUCUGAUAUUUCUGUAUUGGAUAUUAAUGAAAAGACCGAAAAUGCUCUUUUGUUUUUCAUCAAUUUCACUAAUUGUUUACAUAUUAAUGGUUUUAAUAAACCUGCAAAUAAAGUGAACGAUCAAAAAACAAUGCAAGAAUUAAUUGAGAAAUUCUUGCCAAAGGCUUCUGUUAAAUUCAGAAAUGUCUACGCUAUAUUGCAUGAUAAACCAGAAAUGAUUGAAGCAGAUGAAGAUUUGACUGAUUUGUUGUUUAUCGCAGUUAAAAAAUCUGGUUUCGAAACUGUUAAAAAGAUGAUCGAAAAAGGUGCAAAAAUCAAUGAAGUUGAAGGAUAUGUGAAUCUUUUUAGUCCUAGUUUGGAAGCAAUCAGACAAUACAAGAGUGAUAUCUUGAAACUUUUCAUUGAUAAUGGAUUAAAUACAAAUGAAGUUUAUGCUUCUGAUGAUUUCACACUUAUCAACGCUGCAAUUCAAUUUCGUUCAUAUGAAUGUUUUGAUUUGCUUCUUCCUGUUUGUGAUUUGGUCCACAGAGUUACUAAGAGUCCAAUGGAAUGCGCAAUUCGAGAGUACCUUAAUGGAUACAAAUACUUCGCAUUGACUCUUUUGGAUAAAAUUGAUCCUGAAAUCGAAUUAAUCGAAAACAACCAUUUCGCUCAAUUUCUUCAACAUUUGGAUGAUGGAAAAUUAUUUGGAAUUCCUCAUCAACUCAAUGAACCGGAAAAAUUCUCCGGUACCAAAGUUACAAGAGAAUGUGCUCAAACGUAUUUAGUGAAUUUGAUUCGUGACGCAGUAUCAAACAAACAUCUUUUGGAUUUGAGAAAAACUCCUCAACUAAAUCGUUUAGAUUUAUCAUUGAAAUCAUUUUGGGGACCAAAAUAA